CAUACGACCCAUCACUAGUGGCGUUAUUUUAACGCGUGCUGGCGUCUGUCGUUAACUUAUCGCCUGAUGGCGCUUAUUUAACGCCUUGCGGCGUUAUGAAAACGGCGUUUUAAUAUUGAUACGGUGGUGAAAAGUAGGCGAAUUCUGAACCAUUUGGCUUUCCAUACUAAUGAGCUUCGGUUGUGGUCAGGAAAAUAACCUAAAUUAACAAAUCGAUGUCAUUCUACAGUUCUCCACCAGAUUUAUAUGCUGCGCGUAAAUUCAGACUAAAAAAAACCUUGCGUACACGAGCUGCGACCAGGCGUGAGAUUUGAGUGUAUAUAGCCACAGCUCACGCGCAUAUUGAUCAAUUACAAGUUUUGCGUUGAAACGACCUUGCGCCCACUUUUCUGUCAUACGUUCGUUUCGUAAAUGAGGCCCCAUCGUGUUCCCGCUUUUCUUAUCUGAUGAAGGCAGCUACCAGCAAUCAAGUGAAAGUCCCCCAGAGUUCAGUGACAGUGACACCGAUUCUGAGGCAGCCAGUGAUUCUGGAUCUGGAUCUGGAUCUGGAUCUGAUACUGAAGAUGAUGUACAAACAUCUAGCAAGAAUGUUUGUAUGCAUUACAAUCGUGGUCACUGCCGGUUUGGGGACAAGUGUAGGGAUGAGCACGUAUGCAAGGACUUCCUGAAGGGUUCAUGCAAGUUUGGUGCUGGGUGUCGUCUCAACCACAACCGUCAGAGUUUAUCGUCAGGACAGGGCAGGCGAAGAAGCAGACCCUCAUCUGAAAAGCUUACAGCUCAUGAAAGUCAAAAAUCCAGAAAAGAUUCUGAGGCAGCCAGCAAUUCUGGAUCUGAUACUGAAGAUGAUGUACAAACAUCUAGCAAGCAGAAUGUUUGUAUGCAUUACAAUCGUGGUCACUGCCAGUUUGGGAACAAGUGUAGGGAUGAGCACGUAUGCAAGGACUUCCUGAAGGGUUCAUGCAAGUUUGGUGCUGGGUGUCGUCUCAACCACAACCGUCAGAGUUUAUCGUCAGGACAGGGCAGACAAAGAAGCAGACCCUCAUCUGAAAAGACUAGUGAAGAAUUUGACGGGCCCUACAAAUGGCAGCUGAAUUUUAGAAGCGGCUGGGAGAACAUUUCCAAUGAUCACAUUCUAGAAGCCCAGUUUUCACUCCCCAGCACUAAAGGAAUCAAGAUCUAUAACACCCAAGCCGGGGCUAUAUCAAUUGAUUUCACUAAAAUGAGAGUUCUUCAGAAAACAAAUAUUAAAGUGCGGCGUAUGAGCUCAAAGGACACAGAAUGGCUGUGGUAUUACAGAGCUGACCACAGCUGGUGUCAGUAUGGAGACAAGGGCAAAGCCAGUCCAAUUCAGAGCUCAGAUCUGGAGACAGCAUAUCAAAACAACCGCCGUGGUUCAGUCAAGUUCACUAUUGACUCUAUCCAGUACGAGAUUAGCUUUAAAGAAAUGUGUCAGAAAAAUUUAUCAACAGACCGUAAGAGGCGGAUUAGACGCCGCCCCAAAUAUGAACCAUCUCAAAGUGGAGGAUUCCAUGGAAUAACCUCCCAAUUAAUAAAAAACUUCAAAAACUUGAGCCCUUCAACAAAUAAAACUCCAGAGUGGCAGUUUAAAGGGAGAAAUCAGUGGCACACCUUCAAGAACAUGGGAGGAUGUUCAGUCUCAAGUGCUGACAUUGAGAAGUGUUACCAACAAAACCAAACAAGCAUGAAUUUCACUGUGAAUGGUGACGGUUACACCCUGGAUUUUGCAAAGAUGAGUCAAGUUAACCAGAAAACAAAGGCCGAACGCAAGGUCAGGCGUGUGUAAACGUAAUAAGGAUGCUCAAGGUUUUGAAGAUGUCGGGUGGUACUCGAGAUCCAAACAAGCAAAUAAGAGUCCAAUUUGGGGUGGAAGUAAACAAAACGUUAUUAAGUGAUUUUGACUGGAAUGAAUGUUAGUGAUUAUGAUUCGGAAUGUUUAAUCAUCCGUAGUUAUUGUGUUAUUUGGUAAACUGUCUGUGGAAAAUAGAAACCCAAAGAUUUUAUUCAGGUAUUUUGACAGUUAAGGUAAUAUAAAUGAUUUAAAAGCUGCUUAUCAGCUUAAUGAGACACGUGUCUGAAGAAACCUGAAGCAUAUAUUUUGUUUUCUAUUUGACUUAAAUAAUUAUAUUUUAAAAUGCUAUCACUUUGGGUUAUUCUAUAAUUAUUCUUACUAGCCAAUGUGCUAUAACAAUACAAACAUUAUACUGCUUAAUUUUACAAUAAUUUACAAUUAAGUGCCUGUUGGAAACUGCCUGAGAACCAAUGUUUACAGACUGCGUGUAAAAGAAAAGAAGAAAUAAAAAAUCAGGGAUAUACACCGUAAUACUGUGUGAAUGCAAUCUACAAUAUUAUCCAAUAUACAAUGCACCAUGUUUACAUUAAAAUUUGCAAAAUGAACAAUCAAUCAAUGUUGCAACAAAUGAAUAAAUUAUGAUAAAACAAUAAUUUGGGUGAACCUGUUUUUACCGAGUUACAAACUGAACUGUUUACUUAAAAGCAACAACAUGCUAUGCAAAAAGUCUGUAUCAUAUGGAUGCCUUUUUAUGUAACACUUGAUGGGAAAAAUAAAAUGAUAAAUGUGGCCUUAAUUAACUUGCACAGAA